GCAAACUCCACGCUGACGGCACCCGAGGUCAGGAUUGAACCCUGGUACCUUGAGUGGUGAGGCAUCAGCACUACCUGCCGUACCACUGUGCCACACAGGAUGAGGAUGUCCCACAAAGCCAGGCUGUGGUGCGUCUACCAAGGAGGGAGCUUCUGGAGGUGUCUCUGCUGUCUGACUGUUUUCACGAGCUGUCUUGGCCCCACAGCAGUGUUGGGCUGCUCAAACUGCACAGAAACUCUGACCGGUCUCUUGGGACAGUUCUCAUCCCCGUGUUUCCCCAAGGACUAUCUCCCCAACUUAAACUGUAGGUGGACCAUCCUGGCCCCUCCCGGAUUUAUCGUACAGCUGACUUUCCAUGACUUCGAGUUAGAGGAAGCCCAAGGAUGCCCGUAUGACUUUGUCUCAAUAGAGACGGGGGCUGAAAAGAUAAAAUUUUGCGGUGUCACGGCUAAGGGUCACACAUUGAACUCUACCAGGAAUGAAAUGAUUGUCGAAUUCAAGACUGACUUUAGCAUCCAAAAGAAUGGCUUCAGUGCUACCUACAGACGAGUGGCGGUCUCGUUGCGCAACCAAAAGGUGGUGGUGGACAAGUCAUCUCAACGGCAGGCUGUUUCAGUCUCUCCCUUGGUCUCGAUCCCGGACCUGGAGCAAUUCACUGUGUGCCUGGAGGCCAAGUCAUCUACUGUGAAGAAAAACUGGGUUCUCUUCUCAUACUUGGACAGCAAUAACCUGACGUUGAUUGACUUCAGGAGCACAGGACAUAACAUCCUCCUGGAGAUCUCCAAUGUGGAGUGCGAUGUGAGUGACAUCUGGGCCGAUGAUUCCUCUGAUAAGGAUGAUUCCUCUGAUGAGGAUGAUUCCUCUGGCGAGGUUUUCACAGGCGCUUGGCGCCAACUAUGCAUCACGUGGGAUGGCGCUUCAGGUGACAUUAUCACCCAGACACAAAACAGACACCAGCUGAAUCACUGCCCAGACUCCAAGGGAAAAGGUAUCACAGGCAAGGGCUUCCUCACACUGGCGCCAAAGCAACAGGAUGCCAGCAAAUCCUUCUCCGGCCAGCUCUACAACUUUCGCCUCUGGAACUUCACCAUGCCUGGGCAGUCGCUGGUGGACUUACCCUGCGAGGAAGUGGGCAGUGUGGUGGACUGGGAGAACUCCUUCUGGGACAUUCCUGUCUCCAUGUUGGAAGCAGACAGUGCGCUGAGCUGUGCCACUGCACUGCCGACCCCGCCGACAGUCAGACCCACCUGCUCAUCCUUGGGAUCGGGAUGUCAAGCCACCUCUCCAGCUAACUCCAACACCCUCACCACUAACAUGCACACCACUAACAGUGUCGACCCCUCAACUAAUGGCACAAAUGCUCCGCUCACGGAAGUCACCACACACGGAUCCAGAGAGACCACAGAUUUGAGGCAGCGAAACAACACAGUCUCCCAAAACACAACUUGUAAUUGCUCAAACAGUGAAGGUGGAGUGUUCUACAGGACGCAGUUUAUGCUGUACUCUCAGUCCAGUGGAAGUACGGACAUUGGUGAGCUCGAGCAGAAAGUCUCAGCAUGGCUCACCAGGUCGUUUCAGAACUGGAAUUACACUGUGUACGUCGAAACUGUCAGGAUUUUUGAAAGCAACACAACUUCAACGCAUCAGAUCUCUUCCAGAUCAAUCGAAGACAAAAGAUCUGUCCUCAGUUACAUCUGCAAGGCAAUUCUGUAUUACAACAUCACCAAAAACAUUUAUCUGGAGGAGCGAGUGGUCCAGGAGAGACUGAUUAACACAUCUAAAGCCAUUGGAAGCAACCUGUCCAUUGCCUCCAUCAACGUUCAACCCAUCGUGAACUGCUCCUUGGAUGAAAACCCAGCUCAAUACAAGUGGACAGACACCAGACCAAGAGUCACUUUGGUCCUGCCCUGCCUCACAAAUCCAGGCCAGUACGCAAGCAGGAAAUGUCUUUUAAACACACAGAAUUACACGUCUUAUUGGGAGCCACCUGACUUGACUAACUGUUCCAUCGGUCCCAGCUCCAACACCAGUGACUUCCCUCUGGUGUCUGCAGACAAUGCGGCCGAUGUGGCCAACCAGCUCCUGGACUUCACCGCGGACAAGAACCUGACCCGGGAACAGGUGGACAAGCUGGUGGAAACGCUGAACCAGAUCGUCAUCGUGUCUGAGAUCAACUCGUCCUUGGCUUCCACUGUGCUGACAGUUCUGUCCAAUAUCCUUUCGAGUUCGGACAACGCGCUCACCACAUCUUCCCAAGUGGCCCUAAGGACUGUGGACACAUUAACGGCCAAGAUGAUCUUCAGCGGACCAUCGGUGAGCAUCACCACCCCCAACCUGGCCAUUGGGAUCUCCGCCAUUGACUCUCAGACCUACAACGGGACCUCCUUCAGCGUUGGAUCCCAGGAUGGAGAAUCCGAGCUGGAGGUUUCUUUAGACAAGAAACCACGGAAGGAUACCCUAGCUGAAAUUGAGCUGUCUCCUGGUGUCUUUGAGCGGCUGACAGAAGAAGAGAUCAGUGAGGUGUCGAGGACCCAGUUCGCCUUCUUCAGUAGAACGGGACUCUUCCAGGACCCGCGAGGAUUCUCCCUGCAGAGCUUUGUGGUGGCGAGUAGUGUGGGGAACAUCACCAUCAGUAACCUCUCCGAACCUGUCAGGAUCCGCAUCAAACACAGGAACCCUGAGGAAAAGUUUAAGCCGCUUUGUGCUUUCUGGGACUUAACUCUGAACAAUGGAAGUGGUGGAUGGAGCACCCAUGGGUGUUAUGCUGAUCCAAGGUCCAGUGUCAGUGAAACCAUUUGCCUGUGCAAUCACCUCACACACUUCGGAGUACUGCUGGACAUCUCAGGGACAGCCCAACAGAUCGAUGCGGUUAACACGAAGAUCCUGACCUUCAUCACCCACAUCGGAUGUGGGAUCUCAGCCAUCUUCUCAGCGACCACACUCCUAACCUACGUGGCCUUUGAGAAACUGCGCCGUGAUUACCCUUCAAAGAUCCUGAUGAAUCUCAGCACUUCGCUCUUCUUCCUGAACUUCACCUUCCUGAUCGACGGGUGGCUGGCCUCGUUUGACAUCGCCGGACUGUGCAGAGCCGUGGCAGCGCUCCUUCACUUCUUCCUGCUGGUUACCUUCACCUGGAUGGGUCUGGAGGCGGUCCACAUGUACAUCGCCUUGGUGAAGGUCUUCAACACGUACAUCAGGAAGUACAUGCUCAAGUUCUGCAUCAUAGGAUGGGGCCUGCCCGCACUGGUGGUGGUAAUCGUCCUUGCAAUCGACAGGAGGUUCUAUGGGAUGUCACUGUACGGCAAGGAUGCCGCAGACAGCGGUGCUUCAGAGUUCUGCUGGAUCGACAAUCGUGUCGUCUUCUAUGUGACCUGCGUCUGCUACUUUGCGGUUCUCUUUCUGAUGAACAUCUCCAUGUUUAUCGUGGUGUUAAUACAGAUUUGUGGAAGGAAUGGGAAGAAGACCAAUCGUAACCUGCGGGAGGAGAUUCUGCGCAACCUCCGAAGUGUCACCAGCUUGACAUUCCUCUUGGGGAUGACAUGGGGCUUUGCAUUCUUUGCCUGGGGCCCAGUGAACCUUAGCUUCAUGUACCUCUUUGCAAUCUUCAACUCUUUGCAAGGCUUCUUCAUAUUCGUCUUCCACUGUGCUCUGAAGGAAAAUGUACAGAAACAAUGGAGACGAUACCUGUGCUGUGGUAGAUUCAGACUUCCAGAAAAUUCAGACUGGAGCCGAACAAUCACCAACAACACCAAGAAAGUGAGCUCCGAAAACCUGGGCAAGUCCCUUUCCUCCAGCUCCAUUGCUCCAACUCCACUAGCUGGAGCAGCAAGUUCAAGUCCGGCUCGAGCCUCUUCAAAAGCAGCACCAAGGGUGGUCUCCUUGCAGCUGUGACAUCAUCGAAAUUUGGUCACUUGGAUGCCCAUCAGGAGCCUGUUGUCCCAGUGCCCAAUGUCCUGGACAAGGUCACAAGUUACUAUCCAACCCACUCUGACAACUUCUACAAGAACAUAAUGAUGUCCGAAAACUUCAGCCAUAGCACCAAGUUCUGAGGCGGGAGGCGGCACCCCCCCCACCCACCCCCCGGUGAAAGGGACGCUCCGGUAGGAAGCGGUGGAGAGCCUUGUGGGUGCGCUGGUCAGUUUGAUCACGGAUAGCAGGUCUCCCACCACAGAGGAAAGGGUGCGGUGGGUUGGGAAAGGGUCACUGGUUUGGAGGGAAGUGAAUGGAAGAGCGGGGGUUUAAUCGGAGAGUUCGGGUGGCAUUGUCUUGGUCGGCUGGUUAAUGGACGUCAUCUAAACUCUGGAGAUCGUCAUCUUUUAUCCACUCUCUACCACGAACAUUUCAAUCACUGCAGGGUGUUUCUCACUUCCGGGGAGGGCUGAGAGCAAGAGGCUGACCUGGGUUCGAAUCCAGCCAGACCCAACGGUUGAUCGAUUCGCGCCCCACCCCUUCAAAUCCAGCCCAGCACCCAGCACCCACCCACGUCUUCCUGUCCUUGAGAAGCUCUGGGUCAGCUGCACCUGGGGAGGCCACAUGAUGGCGAGCCCUUCACUGAUGUUCCACUGGAGGCAUCUUUGUGUAGUUUGCAACAGGAGCCCGGAUCCACCGGAGAUGUUGCUCCUUUAUUGCUUGCUAUACUUGCCUGACGCAGGCAGGAGAGUCUCCUGAAUGAGAAGAGGUUACCCCAUCCUGAUGGGG